AUGUCUGCUUCCGAAUCUUACUCUGACGAUAGUUCGACAUCGUAUGACUCCGAUGUGGAUACAAGCGAGGAAUACGAGCUAGAAGUGGAAGAAUAUGACUCGCCUUCAGAGAAAGAGUCGCAAGAAGAAAUACCAACUCAGGCUCAAGCAGACUGCAAUGAUCAAAAUAGUGCUGGAGCAGUGGUUGUUCCUUACGAGGAAGAGCCUAUAGCAGAUGAUGAUUGGGUUGAGCGAUACGAAGCAGAAAAAGAGACCGCGAGAAUUCACUUUGAGGAACUCCAAGAACGUUUAGACGGAACGAUUCCGACAAGUCAAUGGUAAAUACAAAAUAUAUUUUAUGGCAUGUCACAUUGGCUCGUGUUUGCACUUUUAUAGACUUUAUACAGAUUUGAAUAAAUCGUAUGUUUUUUUUAUUUAAAAUACUUAGGUGCAAGUGUAACAACUGCGACACAAGUCUGUUACAGAACGAGUACGAAACUCAAUGUUGUCAGGAAAUUGAUCGAUGCACCAAGGCAUUGAGUUCCGAUGAUGUCCUACAAGACGUCGAAAUACCCCCUACUUGUGUUCUCAAUCACCCAGGGUUUAGAAUCAAUUGCUUGGAGAAAUGGUCCUUAAAAAUGGCUGUACCAAAAUACAAAACAAAAAUUGGAAAAAGAUAUCGCCAACAAGGAUCAGAAGAAACGUGAGUUUUUUUCACUAUAAAUCUGCUUUUUACAAUGGGCCAUCUAUUUAAAAUUCACCCCCUGUGCACGAGUUCAGUAAAAUUUGAACCCCUAUAAAGAAAAAAGGAUCAAAGUGUUGACACCCCCCCCCCCCUCUCCUCCCCAAAUUGAGAAAUGUUUGCCUUACUCAUAAAAAACCCCCACAAAAGAUCAACUUAGGAUGCCAAUGCACACAACCCCUCAGAAACAAUUUUUCCAAACCUCCUUGGAAAUUCUAGUCCAUACUGGGUGAGGGUGUACAUAAUUAAAUGGAAUGACCCAAUUUUACUUUGCAUAGCAACUCAAAAUAACAAAAAUCUACUAUUUGUCCUUGGUAUCUGACAAACUAUGUAGAAUACACCCUUUCGAUAAUUACGUCAUUUGGCCUGGGAGCCUCCUCUAGUGAAUCAUGAACCAAUCACAAUAUGUGUGAUAUAAUUAUUGAAAGGGUGUAUUGAAUUGAAAUUAACAAAUAUAAAAGAUUUUCCGUGUUGAUAUACAGUUAUAUCAACACAAGUGGAAAUUGGGAAAACUCGAAAUUGUGUGAAAAAACGAAAUUGUGUGAAAACACUCCGGCUAGAAAUUUUCUGAAAACACUCUGCCCGCGGAGUGUUUUUCACACAAUUUUGAGUUUUCCCAGUUUCCACUCGUGUUGAUAUAACUGUAUAUCAAUACAGAAAAAAUGUUUUAUAAUAUAGCACAAAAAAGUGUAAAGAAAGAAAUUUUCCAAUGUUUCUGUGUUGGCAUUGAGUUAUAUUAACACAGCUCUUAGCCAAUCAGUGUUCAAAAUUUACAAAUGCUAUAUUAUUAUAUAUAAUCAUGAAUUUAAAUAUUUUUACUUUCAUUUUAGAUUCUUUCGCUCAAUAGCAUACCGCGAAUUCUCACAGCUUGUGUAUGGUGUGUUGGGUCGGCUGCGAAUACCCCUGCCGGCUUGUGCAUACCAUGCAAUUCGAACAAAAUUCCCACCAGGAGACAAGGAAUUAACUGGAUUUGAUGAAGAUGUAUCAGAUUAA